AAUAAUAUAAAAAAUAAAAAUGAUGCUUGAGCUGUGCCCAUCAGGGUUCACGAUUGCUUCCAUCUUAAUUGUAUUACCAUCUAAUCUUCCAUUGUGGAUUUGCAAUAAAAAAUAUGAAUAUGAAUACACCUACUAUAACCGCUCACCGUUGGCGACUUCAUACUAAGCGCGGCUUGGCGUGAAAUGACGUCACAAGCGGUCACGUGACUGUUAGCGGGACUCGAUAUUUUCCGAAACUUUGAAUGCCUAUAAAAUCAAAACUAAUAGAUAUUUUUGACUUCAACAGAAACUAGUAUGUUUGUAUACAUACAGGCUUUACUGAGACAGAACCGUAGGUACCUAUGAUGAACCACGGCACCGCAGCGAGGCGGUGCCGCGCCGCGGCUGGUCGCUUGUAGCUUUUGUACUUUAAGUGGUCUAUUUUUAUGGUCUAUUAUGAAGUUUAGUAAUUUAGAAAAUUUCAGGCUAUUUUAGAAUCGCUUGUCACGGCGGCGGCUUUGCUCCGGGUGGUUUAAGUAUGUACUGUUUAUGUACCAUUACAUUAUUAUUAAUUAUUUAUUUUUUUACAGGAUGAGUAUCAGGAUACAUAAAAUACUCAACAUGGUGAGUCAGAAAAGGAAGUAGGUUAUCUUCAUACAAAUGCACCGCGCGCGGCUUAUACAUAUGUGUGCGCCAUAGUAUCUAUGCGUCGACGCACGCACACUUUAACAAAAUCUCGACCCGUUUCUCAGUGCGCCAGUCGGGGCUAUCACUGUACGAGGUUCGCGCGCGCAUCACGGCUUUUCGGCACUUGUCUUAAUAAUUCAUCGAUUCCAGAGCUGUCUCUGUUCAGAUUACCUAUUGAACAGGAAAGACGCCUUCAGUGGCUGCGCCUAAUAUUUAACUAAAAGUGACAACCCUAAGACAGUAGGCAAUUAUAUCGCGGAUUGGGAAGAAGAUGGCCUACUUCCCCGUUCUUUAUACUAUGCUGGUACCGUACGGUCGCAUUCGAUAUUUGCACAUUGCGCGUUUGACUAAAAUUCCAGUAAUCCUCAAACUUUCUUGCGUAUUGUCGAUCAAUUUUGCGCAAUUAAUUUAUUAUAAGUCAUGAAUUCUUACAAGUGUGGCGCCUGUGACGAAUCGCUUUCUGAUGGGGCUCACUGCACAAUCUGUAAUCAAGAACUGCACUUCCACUGUGCUGGAAUAACAGAGGCUGGUUAUCGAAAAUUGGGUGAUAGAAGGCUUACUUGGCGUUGUAGCAAGUGUAAAAUAAGUAAUGCUUCUCAGCCACCGUCGUCACCAAGGAUUGAGCCAGAAUCACUUAACCUAAAGGAAAUAAGAGCUAUCGCUCAAAAACUAGCUCCACUGGAAACCUUGAGACACGAGAUAACUGAGCUACGUUCGGAGUUUGCAGAUUUAAAAUCGUCACUGAGCGAAACGAAUACGGAGAUAAAGGAGUUCAAUGGGAAAAUCAAGGAAAUCGAAGCGCGUCUACUACAAGUGGAGAAGGUCGUAGAACAAGUGGAUCUCAUUCAUGCUCGCUUAGAUAAACUUGAGGAAGGAAAUAAUACUAAGGAGCAGUGGACUAGAAUGAAUAACAUAGAAAUAAAGGGUUUGCCUCAAAAUAAUCACGAGAACUUGUUCGACAUAAUUGGUAAAAUUGGCGCUAAAAUAAGUUAUCCAGUGUCUAAAGCUCAGAUCAACUUUAUUACUAGGGUGCCAAGCCGUGAGAAGGAUCAUACAAAGCCUAUUAUAGUGUGUUUCUUGAACCUCAACGUGAAAGAGGGCUUCAUUGCUGCGGCCAGACUAACUGUCAAAACUGCUCCCUUAACUACGGGACAAAGCGAUCUUCCAGGGAAUCAACGGAUUUUUAUCAACGAUCACCUGACAUUACAUAAUAAAGCCUUGCUAUCUAAAACCAAGAAGAUGGCCGCAGAAAUGGAUUUUCGCUAUGUCUGGGUCAAGCACAGCAAAAUACACGCGAGAAAGACCGAGAUAUCUCCUACGAUAGUGCUAAAAAACGAGAAAGACCUCAUCAAAAUAAAAUAAACCUGUUUACAUUUCGAUCAAACCCUGUAAAAAAAGUAUUAAUGUUGUUACUUAAUUGUACAAAAUCAGUCAACAAAAAUAAGUUUGAGAAUCAUGUGUUGUUGUGUGCUACGUGCGUAUUCCAUCAAUCACUGUGUCAUCUAAUUGUGCACCUCAUAACCAUUAGUAAAAAAUAUUGUUGUGCAGUCAUUUACUCUCAUGCCAAUUUAGAUCUUAUAGUCAACUACACAAAGUACGAAUUUACACGAUUAGCCUGUUUGGUUAUGUCGUUUCGCGCUUGCAUCGCUUCUUUUAUUCCUUAUCUAUACUCAUUAGUGGUACCUGUUUCGAACUUGACUAUUCACAGACACAGCGCUUUACUGGGCUCUCAAUAUUUUUAUAAGUUUUUGCUAGCUACCCACGGUGCGUCUCGUUAUUUGUACUAUUUCUUAAUUUAUACAAUGAAAUCGACACUUAUUUAUUUUCUUAAUAAU